CUAGACUCCAAAAGAGAUAUUCACAAUCUCUGAAAGCUGCAAGAAUAAUUCGGAUGCAAUGGCAAUCCCAACGAAGAAGCAUUCGGGCCAUUCAAGAAAGGCACAGUCAUCAGUAUCUAUGGAAUUUCUGGAUGCGGCAAAUUAUGAACCUUGAACUAUUUGAAAAGACUGCUCAAAGACUAUCCGUUCGUCUUUUACGAUGACUCCCAAGUGAUCGACGAAUUUACUUCAGGUGGUUUGGAAGCCUUCAAAAAAAUGAGCCCCAAGCAGCAGACACACUAUCGAGGAACUGCUAUUGGCAAAAUUGGCGACCAGUCGGCUGAGUUGUAAUUUUCUGCGGUUGCUAAAGGAAACUUAAUGUUCUGGGAGGAAGGCACUGAUGAACCCGUACUCCUUUGGAACUCUGCAGAUGCAAAGGUCUAUACAAACAUAAUCUAUCUUCAGGUACCUCCCGCACUUGUCCAGCAAUAUCGUCUGAGUGAUAAGGAAAGAACUCGACCAGCAGCAUCAGUUGGGCAUCUCAGUAAAUGGCAGGAGAAAUAGAUGGCGUGUUUCCCGAAAUUUGCUGCAAAGACGGUGUUGCUUUCCUCGGCGUUAUGGGAGUAUCACACGAUUUCAAGGUGGUCACGGAUGUUUGGAAUGGUUUUGAGACAAGAAAUCUUGAAAUCGCUAAUGCCAUGCUAGCAGACAAGUUUCAAUUUUCUAGAAACCAAGGCUGGCCAGGAACCAUGCUAGUCAUGGAUGGCGAUAGAACGCUGGUAACAGAUGCCACCGGCGCACUAUUCUGGCAGAAAUGGAUUGCAAGGAAUCGGUCGGAGGCUCCCAAAUACCAACUUUUGCUCAAAUUAUUGUUCAGAACUAACCUAGGCUACUCAUGUGCAGCGUUUCGUCAAGUCGCUCUUGUUUACGGCGAAUUGAUGGACGAAACAGAAUAUAAUGAUAUCUGCCAAGAAGUAGCUUCGGUUGUGAACAUACACCAAGAAUUUGUGUCCUUGCUGCAAUCCCUUGCAGAAGAGAAGCAUAUCGGUGCCGUGAUUAUCAGUUGUGGGCUGCAUCGUGUUUGGGAAAAGGUUUUAGAGAAAGAAGGCCUGUCCAAAUCAGUCAAGGUCAUCGCGGGGGGGCGUAUCUGGAUGGACCUUGUGAAAUAGUUGUCACAGCUAAAGUGAAAGCUGACUUGGUUGACCGUUUGCGACUGAGUAACAGGACGUAUGUUUGCGCUUUUGGGGAUAGCCCGCUGGACUUGGGUAUGUUAAAGGCGGCAAACAAGGCCAUCGUUGUGGUUGGCGAGGUGGAUAAGAGGAGCAAGAAAAUGGAAGCAGAGUUACUGAAUGCCAUUGAUAACGACGGCCUUCAUGCAUCCCAAUUAAUCAUUCCCCACAAUGCAUUGCCAAUACCGGAUACUCAGAAGCUUCCGUUGAUCAAGCUUACCGAUCAGAAGUUCUUGGAGUUGAUUUUUAGCCGCCAUAGUCGGCAUGCAAAGCUUAAGGUCAUUCACGCAACGGAUGAGAACUCCAUGAAGUUAUUGAUGAUACCCACAUGCGAUGCGACGAACAAAAGCCCUGCUCUCGGGGAGUAUCAUCGCAGCAUAUAUCGCUAUCUCGUAAUUGAGCUCAUCUUUGCAGUGAUAGGCCUUGAGUCGUACGAGGUUCCACAUGUUCAAGGUCAUCAGACCAUUGGCCAUCAGUCAUUGCACGGGAAUUAAACAUUGAUCGUAGCAUUAAUGCCCGGUGGAGAGCCUAUGGCCCUCGGAAUAAAUGGCGCCUUUCUUCUCGCUAUGUCCCUCCACGCCAAGGAUCCUCAGGACAUCAUGCCCGAGCACCUUCAGGGCAAGAUCACAGUGGUAUUAGUAGAUACCGUAAUCAACAACGGCAAAAUGAUUCUUGAGUUUGUGCAACAUAUCUGUAACUUGAAUGCGAUCGUUCGCAUCGUAGUAGCGGCCGGUGUUGUCCACCAAUCCAUCGCUGAAGGGACUGGAAUUGUUGCACAUACACUCGUUCAACACGGAAAUUGCAGCAUCGCUGCACUUCGCAUUUCCGACAACAAGUUCAUGGGCAAAGAAGUUACAGAUACAGAUGAUCGUUUUGCUCACUACCAGGCAAUUGAUCUGACAGAGCCCUCCAACCAGCGAUGUCACGCGUGGAGUUCUACGAUGCUCAGUUGGGCAGAGCCUGGAAUAGUGUAUUAAUUCUUACAGUGUCACUUUGCAGAUGAAAAUGAAUUUUGAAAUUGAACUUGACGUGUGUGUUGUGUCUAUUCCCAGCUGGGAUAACAUCAGCUCUUUCGCUAUCUACUGGAUAGGAAGGAACCUGCCAUCAAAAACCACGAAUUUUCUCAAAUGGCAUAUGUGAUGUUCCAAUGGCUUGGAUCUGUUCACC